CUUCACCCUCUCUCUCUCUCUCUUAUUAUCUAACCACACAACACAACAGAAAACACCAACCAUGGACAGAAUCUCACAAGAAAUAACACUGUGACUACUUCAUCAUCCCAAGUCCCAACAGUAGUUAAAACUAUACACAGAAGACUUUAGUUUUCUUUAUACACAGCAAAAUUCUAGCCACAUAGUGUUUCUUUACUUUUCUUUUUGUACCACUUUUGGGUUUUGUUGAGAAUAUGAGUAGUACUCCUGAAGACAACUUAAGAAGUCUGUCUUUAGAUUAUCUAAACCUUCUCAUUAAUGGACAAGCUUUUAGCGAUGUUACUUUUAGUGUUGAAGGUCGUUUAGUUCAUGCUCAUAGAUGCAUCUUAGCUGCAAGGAGUCAUUUCUUCAGGAAAUUCUUUUGUGGGCCAGAAUCUCCUCGGUCUGGCCCACAACAACUUGACCCAACCGGUUCAAGAAUGGGACCCGUCGGCGGUGUAUCAUCGCCGAGAGGUUCGGGUUCAGUCAUACCAGUGAACUCAGUAGGGUAUGAGGUAUUCUUGUUGAUGUUGCAGUUUUUGUACAGUGGACAAGUCUCAAUUGUGCCACAAAAACAUGAGCCAAGGCCUAAUUGUGGAGAAAGAGGUUGUUGGCAUACACAUUGCACUUCAGCCGUUGAUCUUGCUCUUGACACUCUCUCUACCGCUAGAUCUUUUGGUGUUGAACAACUUGCUUUGCUCACUCAGAAGCAAUUGGCAAUCAUGGUAGAGAAAGCUUCAAUUGAGGAUGUGAUGAGAGUUUUAAUAGCAUCAAGGAAGCAAGACAUGCAACAAUUAUGGACUACUUGUUCACAUUUGGUUGCAAAAUCAGGCCUUCCACCAGAAAUCUUAGCUAAGCACCUUCCCAUUGAUGUUGUAGCCAAAAUCGAAGAACUCCGCCUCAAAUCCAAUCUAGCACGUCGAUCCCUAAUGCCACACCAUCACGGCCACCACCACCACCACGAUCUCGGCUCUGUAGCCGAGCUCGAGGACCAAAAAGUCCGUCGGAUGAGACGAGCCCUUGACUCAUCCGACGUUGAACUUGUCAAGCUCAUGGUAAUGGGAGAAGGCCUCAAUCUAGAUGAAUCAAUUGCCUUGCAUUAUGCUGUUGAAAAUUGCAGCAGGGAAGUUGUGAAAGCGUUGCUCGAGCUUGGGGCAGCUGAUGUUAACUACCCUGCUGGCCCUGCUGGUAAAACUCCUCUACACAUUGCAGCAGAAAUGGUGUCACCAGAUAUGGUAGCAGUACUAUUAGACCAUCAUGCUGAUCCGAAUGUCCGAACAUUAGAUGGGAUCACUCCGUUGGACAUUUUACGUACCCUAACGUCCGAUUUUCUGUUCAAAGGAGCUGUCCCUGGAAUCAAUCACAUUGAACCAAAUAAGCUGAGGCUAUGUCUUGAACUUGUUCAAUCAGCAGCUAUGGUGAUUUCUCGAGAAGAAGGAAGCGCGAAUAUUGAUCCUUCUUCCACGACUAUUUACCCGCCUAAUGUCAGUGAUGAUCAUACCUCUAGCACAAGCAGUGGUGGGAAUAUUGGAAAUAAUGUUAACAUUGAUUCAAGAAUGGUGUAUUUAAAUCUUGGUGCAGCUACUAAUACUCAGAAUCGACACAAUGGUUGUGAUCCAUCUUCAAUGUACCACCAUUCACAUGAUUAUUAGUUAAGCUCAUAUAUAUACAUCUUUUGUCCGAACAGUUCAUUUAUUGGGACAAGACUAUAAAGGAAAGUACGAUGAUUAAGAUUUAAAUAAUAUUCAGAUAGUUUACAUA